AAAUGUUGGCAACCUAAACAAGCCAACUAAGGAUAUAUACAUAUAUCAUCUACACAUAUAUUCACUCACAUACAAAAAUUAAACUCAGAAAGAUGAGAGUUGUUGAAGUUCUUCAUAUGAAUGGAGGAAUUGGUGACACAAGCUAUGCCAAUAACUCCCUCCUUCAGCAAAAGGUGAUCCUUAUGACAAAGCCAGUAACAGACGAAGCCAUAGCCGGAGUCUACGCCGACCUAUCCCCAAACACCAUCUCCAUUGCGGAUCUAGGCUGCUCCUCCGGCCCGAACACUUUCUUGGCCGUCUCCGAGCUCAUGAGGGCCGUGGACGGCGCCCGGAAGAAGCUCCGCCGCCACCACUCGCCGGAAUUCCACAUCUACUUGAACGACCUCCCCGGGAACGACUUCAACGCCAUUUUCCGAUCGCUGCCGCAGUACGUAGAAGGUUUCAAAGAAGAGAUGGGGGAAGGGUUUGGGGCGUGCUUCUUCAAUGGCGUCCCUGGAUCGUUUUACGGCAGGCUUUUCCCUACCAAUGCUCUGCAUUUCGUCCAUUCCUCUUACAGUCUCAUGUGGCUAUCUCAAGUACCUAAAGGAGCAGAAGAGAACAAAGGCAACAUUUACUUGGCAGCUGCAAGCCCACCUUGUGUGAUUAAAGCAUAUUAUGAGCAAUUUCAAAAUGAUUUUUUGACAUUUUUAAAGUGUCGAUCUAAAGAAUUAGUGAUCGGUGGACGAAUGGUUUUAACGAUUUUGGGUAGACAAAGUGAAGACCCUUGUAGCAAUGAGGGUGGUCAGAUUUGGGAACUCUUGGCCAUGGCCCUAAAUGAAUUGGUUGAUGAGGGAUUUAUAGAAGAGGAAAAACUAAAUACAUUCAAUAUCCCUCAAUACACACCAUCUCCGGCAGAAGUGAAGCUCUUAGUGGAGAAAGAAGGGUCCUUCUCCGUCAACUUCUUGGAGGCCACAAAUAUUCAUUGGACUGCAAGUGAAUUCGUGGACGAAAUUAGGCGUGACCAAGACGGGUACAAUGUUACAAAGUGUAUGAGGGCCGUGGCUGAACCCUUGCUUGUUAGUCAUUUUGGUGAGGGUAUUAUUGAGAAGGUGUUCCCCAAGUACCAAAAAAAGAUUGUGGAUUCUAUGUCCAAAGAGAACACACAGUUUUUCAACGUCAUUGUCUCUCUCACAAAAAUUUUGUGAUUUAUAUAUAUAUAUAUAUAUAUAUAUAUAUCCAUGUCUUAACCAUGUACGUAAUUAAGUCCUAGGUAUUUAGCAUUUGUUAGAUGCUAAAGAUUAGAUCUAAUAAUGUUGUGUUGGGAUCUGAGAUGUUGAUUUAGAUCCAAUGUUAUCAAGGUUGUUUGGUGUGUGUAUGCUAAUAAGUUGUGAGUUCCUAGUGUAUAGCUGGUGCUCAUGUGUGUUGGGACUUAGUUAAUAUAUAUGAAGAUUAUGUGUAAUGUGUAUUGCUUUUCAA